AUGCUUCGGCGUUCCCUCCAAACGGCUGUCCUUCUUCGUCGCGCUAUGGCCUCUGGAAAUUUUCGAGUUGAGCGAGAUACCUUUGGGGAGCUGAAUGUUCCUGCUGAUAAGUACUAUGGUGCUCAAACUGCUCGGUAGGUAUUUUAUACAUAUGUGAAAUUAUUUUACCUUCAGUUCCAUGAUGAAUUUCAAGAUUGGAGGGCCCGAAGAACGAAUGCCUCUCCCUGUGAUCCACGCUUUUGGAUACCUGAAAAAAGCUGCUGCUAUUGUAAACAAAGAGUUUGGGCUUGAUCAGAAGGUCUCAGAAGCUAUUACACAAGCCGCUGGUAUGCUUUUCUUGUGGGAUGUAUGUAAAAUGUUUUAGAUGAUGUGAUCUCUGGCAAAUUGGAUGAUCAUUUUCCCCUUGUUAUUUGGCAAACCGGCUCUGGCACUCAAUCGAACAUGAAUGUAAACGAAGUCAUUUCUAACAGAGCUAUCGAGAUUUUAGGUAUGUUUUUACAGUUGAAUCGAAUGGUACUUCUUUAGGUGGUGAAUUGGGAUCAAAGACUCCUGUUCAUCCAAAUGACCAUGUAAACAAGUCCCAGUCUUCCAACGACACUUAUCCUACUGCUAUGCAUGUUGCAGUUGCUUUGGAAAUCAACAGAAGACUUCUGCCAGCUUUGCAAAAGCUUCAUAAUGCCUUGGACGCCAAAGCGAAAGAGUUUGAUCCGAUUAUUAAGAUUGGAAGAACCCAUACUCAGGAUGCGACUCCGUUGACCCUUGGACAAGAGUUCAGCGCUUAUGUUCAACAGGUAUGUGUGAGGAAUGUUCCAUGUAUUAAAAAAUUUAGAUCAAGAAUGGCAUUGCAAGAGUAGAGGGAACAUUGCCACGACUCUACGAAUUGGCGGCAGGUGGAACGGCCGUUGGAACAGGUCUCAACACCAGGAUUGGAUUUGCAGAAAAAGUUGCUUCCACUCUAAAAGAUUUGACUGGAAUUCCUUUCGUCACUGCUCCCAACAAAUUUGAAGCAUUGGCUGCCCACGAUGCUUUAGUUGAAGUCCAUGGAGCCUUGAAUGUUGUCGCUGUUUCGUUGAUGAAGAUAGCAAAUGACAUCCGUUUCCUUGGAUCUGGACCUCGUUGUGGUCUUGGCGAGCUUUCACUGCCCGAGAAUGAGCCUGGAAGUUCUAUUAUGCCCGGAAAAGUGAACCCGACUCAAUGCGAAGCCUUGACAAUGAUCGCCGCGCAAGUUUUCGGAAACCAGGCGAGUAGCGAGGUUUAUUCAUUUACAUUGGGUCUUAAUUUAGGUUGCCGUAACUGUUGGAGGAUCUAACGGUCACUUUGAAUUAAAUGUUUUCAAGCCAUUGAUGGUUAGAAAUGUUCUUCAAUCCAUUAGACUGAUUGCCGAUGGAUCUGUUUCUUUCACCGACAACUGCGUCGUUGGCAUCCAGGCGAACAAGGAGCAUAUUCACAAACUCCUUAACGAAUCUUUGAUGUUGGUCACUGCUCUGAAUCCGCAUAUUGGAUACGACAACGCUGCUAAGAUUGCCAAGACAGCUCAUAAAAAUGGAACUACCCUCAAGGAAGAAGCCAUUAAAUUGGGGGUUUUAUCUGCUGAAGAUUUUGAUAAAUGGGUACGCCCUGAGGACAUGUUGGCUCCCAAGUAA